CGCGUCUUCUAUACUUUUACGCGUAUUUGCCAUCUUUGAUCUCCGUUACGAGUCAACUACAGCCGACUAACCAGUUGCCCUGAUACCUCUAUCUUUAGAGCCGCCUCCAGAAGGCUUAUAUGGCUCAAAAGAAGAUCUAUUGAUGCAUUAUAAAGAGCAUGCAAAGCAAGCUGGAUACGCUCUUUCAAUUCUGAAGUCGAAUGCGUAUAGCAAGUCUAUCAUCAUUGCCUGCGUGUGCUAUGGUCAGCUGGCGAAUAAAUGGAAGCUCACUGAGGAGAAUCGGAAGCGUCCGAACCAUUCAUCAAAAAAAAACAGGGUGCCGUAUAAGUUGUAUUGGAAAAGAACAAUCAGAUAGAAGGUGGCGCCUAACAAUAAGAGAAGGGGAAUAUAAUCAUAGGCCUGCACCGGUUGGCACAUACGCAGCGCACAGGAAACGGGAAACCCCAGUCAAGGAAAGAAUCAUGCAGGACUUAUGGGCUGGCUGUGCUGUUCGUCAAACGCAUGCGCAACUGCAACAGCAGUUCCCCAACAUUCUCAUUACCAAACAGGAUAUCUUCAAUAAGCGAGUUCAGGCCAAGGCUAGAGCCUUACAAGGGAGAUCCGUUGUGGAAGCCCUUUUCUCUGAGUUGGAAGACAGUGGCUACUACUACCCUCAUCAAACUUUUCCAGAAAAUCAUGAGAAAGCAGGGACCCUCAGUCACUUACUAGUCAUUCAUCCACGCUCCCUGGCAAUAUACAAGGCAACUAGCUUAACUGUUUCUCAGGCCUCUCAGUUGAUUCAACAGUCUCCUAGGACUGAAAAUAGCGAGGUGGUAGCAGCGGUUGAGGAAGCUCAGGAGUCACGUGAAGCGCCAAAUGCAGCUGAAACACCGCAAAUUACAUGCUAUAUUUGUCGUGGAUAUGAUCAUCAAGCCUCAGAGUGUACAAAAUAUAGGAUAUUUCAUUAAAAUAUUAUUUUGUGG